AGAUAGUUUAAUGUCAAACCUUGGGAAUUAAAUUCUAGUAUAAUUUUUUUUUAAAUUAGUACUCUAUUACUGUGUAGAAGCGACUUCAAACUACCAGCUCAUCUUUUUUGAGAUUUUUACAAAAUUUUUUAAUAACACGUUGAAUACCGAUUCAUUCAUUCAGACGAUGAGUUAAUGUUUAAUAUAACAUUACAUCGUGUAAUAUAUUAUUAUUUUUCGAGACCUUGAAGCAAGUUACGCCAACUUUUCUUAUUCAUCCUCCUAAUCACCCCAAGUGAUCCGAAAACCUAGAAAUGCAUUUGUUGAUGAAAAUGAUCACUGCUCUGACUUUAUUAGCUGAUGUUUAUAGUUAUGGAAACUAUAGAUCCAUUAUCUGAAAAAUGCCCUCUUAUCCGAUUGGAUGUCAACUCUACAGUUUAUCUCAGUUAUUAUGUUCUUGAAGGCGGCUACCUCAAGAUCGACACCCGGAUAACAUCACCGGAUGGGACAAUAUUAUAUUCCGCUGGUUAUCAGCGGAGCGAUAAAUACAUAUUUACGACUGACCUUGCCGGAGCUUAUAGUUUUUGCUUCAAAAACUCAAAUAAUAUGUGGCCUAAACUUCUGAUGAUUUGCUUGUAAGUGUUCAAUGGUAGCAUCGAUCGGACUGGAAACAGCCAAAUAAAAGAUUGCGAUGAAGACUACCGGGACCUUCAAACUGAUGUAGACGAAAGAUUGUAAGCUCAGUGAGUAUUUUAUAAUGGCCAGAAAAAUCCCGAAAAGAUUGAGGCCAUCGCCAUGUGAAUUUAGGUGUUUUUCCCAAUCGGACGGAUAGUUUUCUGAGGAGCCGCAAAGGCUAUUUUUUGCCUUCAACGUUGCGGAAAGGAUACACAGAGACGCUUUUUCAUCUUCCAUUUUUCACCGAGAGACGAGUCAGUUUUCUGCAAGUUUCUGUUGUUUAUCGAGAUUUUUGAGUAUUGAUUUCGAAAGAGUAUUUUUUGUAAAUUGUUUUGGUCAAAUUAAUUGCUUCGACCACUCUACUUAGCUGUUUUGUUUUUGAGCAACUACAAUGAGCAGUCAAUCAAUUAAUAACUGUGGUCGAAGCAUUUUUGCGAUAUCUUUUGUUUUGUCUAUUUGUGUUUCAGUUUUUAUGAUAUAAAAAAUUUAAUUUUCUUGUUUUGCUCCUUUUCGAAGAAUAUUUUCGUUUGAUUUUGGGAGUUAGUGAAAAUAAGUUGUUUAUGUAAUGUUUUUAGUUACUGCGUAGUUCCAUUAAUUGUUCCGACCAUCCUAACACUUCCCCCGCCCUCCCCGAAUAGGGGAUGGGAAGUAACUAUGGCGUAUGGUGGUUUUUUUCGGACCGAUUUAAUUAACUCAAAGGCGGUCUAUUAUGUUAAGCCCUAUUGGUGGUAGAUCUGAUUCCGAAAAAAAUAAAAAUUUUUUUCUCAAUGUCAAGAAAAAUUGAUCUGAAUUUUUCCGUUUUUCAGACUAAUUGAGCGGAGAAAAAAGGAACGGCAUAUUUAAUUCUACUGCACAUUUUAAACAAUACUUAACCACUUCAUUCUUGCAUAAUUCUCAAUAUAAUCCAUGUCUAUUGCCCUAAAACAAAAAUCUGAAAAGCCUUUUUAAUUGCUUUGCUUGUAGUACAGAGGUCGGAACAGUAUGCGAAACUUGCACAGCAACUGGCUAUCCUUGCUUUUUUUCUAUAUUUCGAGUUUUUUGUAGACACUUCUUAAAAACAUUUUUAGUUCAAAAAUAUGGGUACAUCAGGAACUGGUGCUUACGAAAAGCUUCUAAGUCUUGGACUGGAGCGAUACGUUGCCCAGCAGUUAGACGAUCUCAUUGCUGAAGGCUACUACCCUCCAGAGGGUUUUGCCAACGAUGUGGCCAUGUACUUCAAAGGAGUGAACCCUAACAUUCUCUCAGAAGUAAUAAUUCAAUACAAGUCAAGUGACUUCACAGGGAUACAAGACUACGGGGCGCUUCUGAUUCAAGUAGCUAGGCCAAUCAUGGGAGUCAAACAGGACAACCGCCCUUUCCAGCAAAUGCAUCAUGCUCGCCCUGCACCGGGACCACAACAAUCUUUUAAACCAGAACCAAGAUAUCAUGGCGGCGGUGAAACACGAAUGGAAAUCGGUGGUCACGGUGGUGGUGGUGGCGGCGGGGACGCCAAAGCGUCGAGCGCACCCACGAGCGAUAGGAUGCAAAAGAUCUUAGAUCGAACUAUGUACAAGUACGAGGUAACAAGCGGUCAACGCUCUUAUGGACCAGGUCCUGGUAUGGAGGACUUCAAGCCGCCGAAAAACUCGCAGUGUUACUUCGGAAAGAUUCCAAUGGAGUAUUUGGUCGAAGACCUGGUGGAGAAAUUUGAGCAGAGCGGUCCCAUCUGGCAUUUGCGGCUAAUGAUGAACCCCGAAACUGGGAGAAAUCAAACAUAUGGCUUUGUGACAUUCUUCGACGCUGAAACUGCGCGUAAAUGUGUCGAAUUGUGGGAUGGUUUUGAGUGCCAGAUGUCUGGUCGCAACCGAUCCAUUCGCAUGAAUGUUAAAAUCAACGAACCGAACCGGCGUCUCUUUGUGGGACCUAUCAGAAAAGAAAAGAACAGCGAGGAGAUCAUGGCAGCCUUCUCAGCUAUUGUGGACGGGAUCACUAAUGUCGAGAUCCAGGAACCGGCGGAUCCAAACACCCACCUGAAGAAUAAGGGCUUCUGCUUCCUCGAUUUUGUAGAUCACAAAUCGGCUGGGCAUGCCAAAAAGAGACUGGACCCUGGAACUAUACCAAUCAAGGCCUGGAACAAUUACACUGGAUAUGGUUGUGCCUGGUCUGACCCUCUUGACGACCCGGAUGAUGAAGUGCUAGGAAAGAUCAAGAACGUCUACAUCACUAAGCUGACAGACAGUGUGUCCGAAAGUGACCUGGAAGAAAGAUUCUCGAGAUACGGAAAUGUAGAACGUGUUAAGAAAGCGAAGAACUUUGCCUUUGUGGACUUCACGGAGCGGGAAGAUUGUCUUCGGGCGAUUGAGAACGAAGACGGCAUGCAGAUCAAAGACGCAGUGAUGAAAUGUGCGCUAGCUAGACCAGUUCCUCCAGAUAGCAAGAAUAGACUGCAGCAGAUCAGGGAGAAACAGCAGCUCAUGGCGUCAGAGGGAGGAGGGAUGAAACCCCCUGGCGGGGGAAGGGGAGGAGGCAUGGGGGGACGUCGUGGAGGUGGACGAGGCGGAUAUUCAGGUGGUGAUUUUGGUGAUCACAAGCCACCAGGCUACGGCAGCUACCCAGGAGGUGGCGAUCCCUAUGGAUACGAUAGGUAUCCAUCAUACGACUAUCCUCCUUCUUACGGACGAGACCCAUACGCUCGAGGAGGACCUCCGAGCUACGGUCGGGAUCCUUAUGACCCUUACGGUGCCCAUCCUGACCCCUAUGCUGCUAGAAUGCCCCCACCAGCAGGUGGUUAUUCUUCGCGAGGGGGACUGUCAGGUUACUCUUCAUACGAUAGAUUUGGAGGACCACCAGCUGCAGGGGGUUUCGGGGAGUACGGAAGACCCCCUUUUGGUGGACCCCCUCCCCCGAAGAGAAAUCGCGGAGGGUUUUAGAAAGACCAAAAGAUGUUGGAAUCCCUUUCCCCAGCCUGAUGCAAUAAUCAAACACAAGCAAAAUUCGAAGUCCUGGAUAUUUAUCAGCAAUCAAAGAAAUUUCAGCAUGAGUACAACUGAUUUAAAACAGGCGUGGAAGAUCUGUUAAUUUAUCUUUUAUAUCUUUGUCCUCGUGAAGGUUUGUAGUUGAAUGCUCAAGAGCUAUGGUUGCGUUGUCGAUUGUGUUAUGAUAAACUCAUUCUUCGUCCUCUUUGGUAAAAUACACGUUUUGUUUAUUUCAA